AUGUUUCGAAACCGAACUUCGUCUCAGAAACCUGGCGAUGAGUUCAUCGCGAAUUUCCGUCAGAAUUUCCCAGAAGUCACCUCGACGACUUCGGGGUCCUUAAGCCGAACUACCUCUCAUGACAUGGUAGCGGGCGAUGCCCAGUCCAGUCGCCAAGUCACCAAUAAUUCCAACAGUCAUGAUGAGAUUAAGGAUCUUGAUCCGACACCCAAGGCCCAAAAUGAGCCAUGGCGCUUCACGCCGUCGCUUCUCGAUCCAAACUCGUUCGCUUUCAGCAACUUUGCCAAUCAGCCACCAGGGUAUUACACCCCGACUCCAGGAGGUAUGAAUACUCUCUAUCACAACCAAGCUGGAGACCUUCAUACGCCUAGUUUGGGGAUAGGUAUGGGACUGGGGACUCCCCUUUCAAUGCCGAGCUCUGCAGACGGACUCCAUGCGAGUACCAUGAUGGAUAUGUCUGGAGGCUUCGGCCACCACAUGCCACCUCAAUUUCACAAUUACAGUCCAUUUGGCCAGCACCAAACGCAGCAACUUCACCACCACCACCACCAUCAACAGCAUCACGAACAACAGCAGACAUCCUUUGCUCCUUCCUCCUUCAUCCACCAAGACACCGGUUACGAGACCAUGGAACAUGACGGAUCGCCAUUGACGGACUCGGGGAGAAUGGGAUCGAUGGAAGCAACUCUCCACUCCCACCAUUCUCCAGUGAUGACUUUCCAGCCGAAUCAGUACGACAUGGCCAUAAAUCCGCCCAUGCCUGCAUCUGCUGAGAAAUUCCGAUUCCACGUUACGUUGAAUGCUCCAACAGCAAUGAUUAAGCAUGCCGAUGAGAUCCCAAUUACUUAUCUAAACAAGGGACAGGCUUACUCCAUUUCCAUCGUGGAUACCACUCCUGCAUUGCCCCUCCCUCAGGGAGCAAAAUAUCGCACCUUUGUGCGCAUCUCCUUCGAGGAUGAACAGCAACGUCAGAGACCCGCAAUGUGCUGGCAGCUAUGGAAGGAGGGCCGUGGUACUAAUGAAGCGCACCAGCGGGGAGGCAAGCUACAGGCCGUGGAGUAUGUUGAGGCAACACAACCGGCCGAAAGCGACGACAAGAGAACCCGUGUGGACCUCGAUACGGCCUCUUUCGACGGAUUCUCGGUCAUGUGGACGCCAGGUAUGAACGGCUCAGCAGAAUGUAAUAUUGCGGUCCGCUUCAACUUCUUAUCUACCGAUUUCAGCCACUCUAAGGGAGUGAAGGGUAUUCCUGUUCGCCUUUGUGCAAAGACCGAGACCAUCUCGACCGGAUCACCACACUCCGCCACAGAAUUCUCGGAAGUUGCAUUUUGUAAGGUAAAACUCUUCCGGGACCACGGAGCGGAAAGAAAGCUAUCGAAUGACGUGGCCCAUGUAAAAAAGACAAUCGAUAAGCUCAAGCAGCAGAUAUCUCAAGCAGAGACUGGUAUGAAAGACUUUGGCAAACGGAAGAGGUCCGGCUCUAUUACCUCCAAGAACCAACCUAGCCAGCGGCCUGGUAAGGUUAUCAAACAUAAAAGGACAUGGUCGAUGUCCUCCGCCUCAUCAGCUGGCGGACGCAUGCCAAUUGAAGAGGAUCUUCAUUACAAGCUGCAGACAAUGCAAGACAUGUUCACAAGCACGAGACCGGUCAGCGUGCUGUAUCUGAGGGGCGCCGAGCAGGACGAUAUGGAUUUGCACCCAGUAGCAUUGGCUGGCGAACCCUCAGACCUGACGAAGGUUGAGUCUCGAGGCGGUACUUCUUGGCAGCAAAAAAGCGACCAGAGCUCGACCACGGGCACAUCGUCCCUCAUGUCGCCUUCACCAAGUUCGAUAUCGUUGCAAUCACAAACGAGAAGCGGUGCUUCUGCAGCUAACGCCGCUGGUCAAUGGCCCGAUUUUAAUUCAAUUGCACCAGUCGAGGGUAGCAUCUCGAGUUCUCAACAGCUUUCAAGCCAUCCGGACCAGGUUACCAAAGUGCCCAAGAACGACGAGACUGGCAGCUUAAGCGGGUGGAUAGAGGCGUUAGGAGUGGACUCCUCGUAUCAACCUCCAGCAGAUGAUCGCCCAAUCAAGCCAGUCGCCUGUUUCUAUAUCCAGUAUCGCGAUCCUACUCAGCCAGACAAGAGCCCAUUCUACCGAGCCGUCUACUUGACCCAACGUAGUCUGAGGGAGUUCAGAGACGCUAUUGCUGCUAAGUGGAACUUGGAACCAACCAGGAUCCUCCGAAUUAUUCGUGUGCUCGACCGUGGUCUGGAAGUUGAACUUGACGAUGACGUUAUCCGCGAGCUUUCCGAAGGACAGGAUCUUAUCAUGGAAAUCGCACAGGUCAAAAACCAGUCUCCCGUCAAACGAGAAUGGGACAUAUCCAUGGAUAUUGUUGUUGACAGCGACAACGUGGCAGGAUCCCAGAAUGUGGUCCAAACCGAGGGCUAUGAAAUUCGCCUCAUGUUUUAA